GUUUGAUUGGUUCAUUUUUUCCUCAAACAGUCCGUUUGUACUUGAUGGAACAACGCGGAAGCUGAAUAGCUGAGGCUCCCCCCCCCUGACCCUGACCAGGAUACGUCGGUAGAAAAUGGAUGGAUGCUUGGUUCUAAAUUGAGCUGUCUCUCUAUCCCUGGAAACAAAGGAUUAUGUGCACCUUAAAACCUUUUAGUGACAUUUGUUCUCAGAACUGAAGAUAAUCAUCUAUGAAUUUCAUCCCAAGCCCUCACCAUCAAAGGAAAUUGUUCAGAGUGCCGUAAAGAGAUGAACUGUCCACUGUGCGUGACUCACAUCCAUCCUGGUUAGCAAAGGGGGGAAGCCAGGAUUACACUAGUGUCUUGCCUAAUGAGAAUGUGGCUUCCUCUGGUAGAUGUGAAAAGAGAGUUCUUUUUUUUUUGGAUCAUGGCUUAAAUGGGCUUUUUUUUUUUGCCAAUGAUCCAUACCGUCAUAGCAGUGUGAGAGGGAGAUGUGUGCCAUGUGGUUAUAUGAACAAAGGGGAAUCAGACAGCCUUUGUUUUAAUACAGAGGCUUGACGGAGAAGCAGUAUGAGUGAUUGAUGUAGACAAACGGAGUGUCAUAUGGACAGAAGGAAAUCACAGCAUUUCUCUAGCCAAAUGUAUUCAGCAGAGCGGUUUAUCUGCCAAGAAAAAUAUCAGACAAACUUUACUAGAAGAUGGGGCUGCUUUUCUGUGAUGUGUUUGGUAUAAAAUGAAAAUUAUUUUUAAAAUUUUUUGGCAAGUAAAGGUACUGUCACUGUUUUCUUAGAUAAGUAAAAUGAAUUUGUCUUUGUGAAACAAAUCAUUCAGAAGUUUUACAUAUACAAUUACAUAAUUAGCAGAUGCUUUUGUCCAAAAUGACGUGCAAGGGAGGUCAAUCGCACAUUGUAAAUAUUUAUACUGUCAAGGAGUCGACUUGGCAUAGGAGCAGCUAGGCUGAGUUUCCAAUUAAUGCUCAGGUGCAAGUGUAAGCAGUAUUGGAGCAGGAGCUACACGACAUCUUCUAACAAAGUUAGAACCUUAUAAGACUAUUCAGGGACCAAAAGGCUAGCUUAACAUUCAGGGAACAUCAAGAGGCAUCAGGUUGAGGAAUUCAUGGAACGUGGGUCUUAAGGGGUUUCUGGCAGGUGGAGUCUGAUGGCAGGAUGCGGUUCUGCUGCUCAUUCCACCACCUGGGAACCACACGAGAGACCCAUCUGGAGUGACACUUCUCAUGUGAUGGACAUAGGUCUUGAUGAGCCUUUUGAUGGAGAUAGGGGCCUAUCCAUAGUAUUACGGUUUCAAAUUUAAAUUAUUAUUAAAACAGUGGUUGAUUAUCGCUUUCUGGAAAAACACAUGAAAUACUAGAGCAUCAACCAAAGUUAGCAAGAGUCUCCAGGUGUGCAGGCACAGUAUUCAGUGUGGGCUUGUUUUGUGUCAUUGUAAACAUGGAGGAAGGCAGUGACAUGUUAAUGCACAUUUGAUAUGGUUUUUAUAUGUUGUUGUUUUAAUGUUUUCAACAUUAAAAUGAUUUCGAUUUUUGUAUAAAUUUUUGAACAUUUUCAGCACAUGUUAACAAUACUGUGAUAAUACUGAUAACUGAUAAUUUUGGUCACUAUAAUCAUGAUACUGCGAUGGGCUUGCCCCCCGUCCUGGGUUGUUUCCCGGCUCGUGCCCGUAGCUUCCGGGAUAGGCUCCGGACCCCCUGCGACCCAGAAGGUAAGCAGUUUGGAAAAUGGAUGGAUGGAUAAUCAUGAUAUACAAUUUUCAUACCGUUACAUCUCUAGAGGCAGUUUAGGCUGUAUGAAUAUCAGAUCUGCUGCCAAGUUUUUUUUUUAGUCAUCUGGAGUGGUCUUGCAGCAUUAACUGCUGGCCUGCUAGUUGAGAGUUGUACUGGUUUAGCUGUGGGGUAGCAAGUGCCUGGACUAGACACUGAAUUGCAUACUCGGACAGAAGAGGCGUUACUGAUGUUAUACAGAUCUCGCAUCGGCCAACGGGGAUGAGUACCAGCGUGCGUAAGAUCAGCGUCGCCUCCGAGCCCGACCGCCCCUUUUUUCUGAGGUUAGACUGGGCGGACGACCUUGGCGCUGGAUUUGUGGUCGUUCUGUGCGAUGGCACGUUUGCUUGGAGUGGAGAAGUGUCUGAAGAGGAUGUGACCCGGGAGGCCCAGGAGCUGGAGAUGCAGAGGGAGAAAUAUGUGCAGGACCUCCACCUGGUCUUGGUUGGAGGUGACCAGAAAGGGGGCUACAGCUUCCACCUGUCCCCCAGCCACGCUCAUGGUGGGGCUGUCCACCUGUCCUACGAGAAAGUGCUGAAAGACUUCUCGUUUAAGCUUGGAGUUGUGGAACUGCAGACCAUUCCAGAUCCCGUGGACGUAAUCAAGGACCUCAUCAGCCAUGGUCUGGAGAGAAGCACCGAGCUUCAGGCCAGAAACAAGCAGCUGCAGGAAGAAAAUCAGCGACUGAGACAGGAACAGGAGCACAUCACCUCCGAGUUAGAGAGGUAUGUCCAGGGCAAAGAGGUCCUGGAACGAGAGCUCUACACUCGCUUUGUCUUAGUGCUUAAUGAGAAGAAGGCGAAGAUCAGAAACCAAAAGGAGAACAUUAAGAACUUGCAGGAGGAGCUGGAAAAGAAUGCGCUGAGGAGGGAGGCUGAUCUGGCAAAGGGCAGGGCCCCUUCUGAGACUGCAGGGAGUCCAUCCAGAGUGGACGACACCUACGAGGGCAGCACAGAUGAAGAGCAUUCUGGGAGCACCCACUCACCUCCAGCGCCGGGGCACCCCGUGGAUGGAAAACCUGGCCGUAGUUCCUUUGAUGACAGCCUGACUGACAUUAUUGAUGUUGCACCUUGUCGCAAACGUCGACAUCGACAUCUGCAGAAUCCCCAGGUAGAAGUCAAGAAAGUAUCUGAAGAGAAACAAGAAAGGAAAAGGAAGGAGACAAAACAAGAUCCACUUCUCAUUCGGGAAGAAGAAAAUGCUGCAGCCAAAGCCCGGGUUGAUCCUGAGGCAGAUGACCUGUUUGAUGACUUCUAAGGACUGUUUGUACAAAGGAGAUGUGGAUUUUGUAACUGUACUUUCUUUGUCUAUUGAUUAUCUGUGUAAUCCAGGUUACAGAAGAUUACUGUGAAAAAAAAACAAUGAAUAAUGCUAAAUUUUACGUGUUACUUAGCAAGUGUGUGUGUGUGUUUGUAAAACAAUCAUAUGUUAAUGAAUUGUGCUCCAAAUUGUGAAGAUUAAUGCUUAUAACCAUUCAUCUUCCAGCUGCUUGUCUAGUACAGGGUUUUGGGAUUAAUUCUUAGUACAGAAGAUACUUUCAUCGUUUGUAAUCGUAUGUUGCAUUUUGCCUCCGUUUAACCAAUGUGAAAUGAAGCAUACAAGAUGACAUUGGGUGAUUUAGCUGUUUGUUUAAUAUGUAGUAGGUAUAUAUUUUUUUUUUUUUUUAAAGAAGAAAGAAACCACGCUGCAAUCAUACUUACAGUUGGUUGUGUAAUAAAUAAUGACUUCAUGCCAACUGACCAAACUUCAAUGCCUCACAGAAGCCUUUGGUAUUCAGAGAGUACUGCAAAUACGACAGUACUCCGCAUUCCAGGGUACAGGGUUUUAAUGAAAAUGUAUUGCUCAUUCUAGAUGAGGUUGAAAAGGUAAUUUCUUGAUCUUAAUAUCAUACUCCCUGUUCCGAGGUUAGGAACUGCUCCUGUUUCAUACAUCAUAGAUAUACCAGAAUUCAUCAGGGAGCAGGCUGUUAUUUUGUGUCUAAAAGUUGCCAUUGGAGUUAAUUUUGUCUUGGAAUUAUACAGGUAUAUUGUGGAA